AUGAUACAAAAUCGACAAGAAAAAACACUUGCACAACAAUAUGUAAAUAUUUUUGCGGCAGUCGGUUCUUAUUGGAUUUGCUCAAUUGGCUUAGUUUUUAUUAAUAAACAUUUGUUGAGUAGUCCAGAUAUUGAGUUGGAUGCCCCUUUAUUUAUUACUUGGUAUCAAUGCCUUGUCUCUUUAAUUCUUUGUUUCACAGCAGAUUUACUUUCUCAAACUUUUCCAAGAUUAAUUACUUUUCCAAAAAUGGCUGUUGAUUUAAAACUUUGUAAAGCGGUUUUACCUCUCUCUCUAGUCUUUGUUGCUAUGAUUACUUUUAACAAUUUGUGCCUUAAAUAUGUUGGGGUGUCUUUUUAUUAUGUGGGACGUUCUUUAACUACAGUCUUCAAUGUGGUAUGUAUUUAA